AUGGAGAGCACAUUCAAGCCUAUUGUGACUAUAACACAUACUUCCUCCUUUCCAUCCCCCAUACUUCUCCCUCCUUUCCAUCCCCCAUACUUCCUCCUUUCCAUCCCCCAUACUUCCUCCUUUCCAUCCCCCAUACUUCCUCCUUUCCAUCCCCCAUACUUCCUCCUUUCCAUCCCCCAUACUUCCUCCUUUCCAUCCCCCAUACUUCCUCCUUUCCAUCCCCCAUACUUCCUCCUUUCCAUCCCCCAUACUUCCUCCUUUCCAUCCCCCAUACUUCCUCCUUUCGAUCCCCCAUACUUCCUCCUUUCCAUCCCCCAUACUCCCUCCUUUCCAUCCCCCAUACUUCCUCCUUUCCAUCCCCCAUACUUCUCCCUCCUUUCCAUCCCCCAUACUUCUCCCUCCUUUCCAUCCCCCAUACUUCCUCCUUUCCAUCCCCCAUACUUCCUCCUUUCCAUCCCCCAUACUUCUCCCUCCUUUCCAUCCCCCAUACUUCCUCCUUUCCAUCCCCCAUACUUCCUCCUUUCCAUCCCCCAUACUUCCUCCUUUCCAUCCCCCAUACUUCCUCCUUUCCAUCCCCCAUACUUCCUCCUUUCCAUCCCCCAUACUUCCUCCUUUCCAUCCCCCAUACUUCCUCCUUUCCAUCCCCCAUACUUCCUCCUUUCCAUCCCCCAUACUUCCUCCUUUCCAUCCCCCAUACUUCCUCCUUUCCAUCCCCCAUACUUCCUCCUUUCCAUCCCCCAUACUUCCUCCUUUCCAUCCCCCAUACUUCCUCCUUUCCAUCCCCCAUACUUCCUCCUUUCCAUCCCCCAUACUUCCUCCUUUCCAUCCCCCAUACUUCCUCCUUUCCAUCCCCCAUACUCCCUCCUUUCCAUCCCCCAUACUUCUCCCUCCUUUCCAUCCCCCAUACUUCCUCCUUUCCAUCCCCCAUACUUCCUCCUUUCCAUCCCCCAUACUUCCUCCUUUCCAUCCCCCAUACUUCCUCCUUUCCAUCCCCCAUACUUCCUCCUUUCCAUCCCCCAUACUUCCUCCUUUCCAUCCCCCAUACUUCCUCCUUUCCAUCCCCCAUACUUCCUCCUUUCGAUCCCCCAUACUUCCUCCUUUCCAUCCCCCAUACUCCCUCCUUUCCAUCCCCCAUACUUCCUCCUUUCCAUCCCCCAUACUUCUCCCUCCUUUCCAUCCCCCAUACUUCUCCCUCCUUUCCAUCCCCCAUACUUCCUCCUUUCCAUCCCCCAUACUUCCUCCUUUCCAUCCCCCAUACUUCUCCCUCCUUUCCAUCCCCCAUACUUCCUCCUUUCCAUCCCCCAUACUUCCUCCUUUCCAUCCCCCAUACUUCCUCCUUUCCAUCCCCCAUACUUCCUCCUUUCCAUCCCCCAUACUUCCUCCUUUCCAUCCCCCAUACUUCCUCCUUUCCAUCCCCCAUACUUCCUCCUUUCCAUCCCCCAUACUUCCUCCUUUCCAUCCCCCAUACUUCCUCCUUUCCAUCCCCCAUACUUCCUCCUUUCCAUCCCCCAUACUUCCUCCUUUCCAUCCCCCAUACUUCCUCCUUUCCAUCCCCCAUACUUCCUCCUUUCCAUCCCCCAUACUUCCUCCUUUCCAUCCCCCAUACUUCCUCCUUUCCAUCCCCCAUACUUCCUCCUUUCCAUCCCCCAUACUUCCUCCUUUCCAUCCCCCAUACUUCCUCCUUUCCAUCCCCCAUACUUCCUCCUUUCCAUCCCCCAUACUUCCUCCUUUCCAUCCCCCAUACUUCCUCCUUUCCAUCCCCCAUACUUCCUCCUUUCCAUCCCCCAUACUUCCUCCUUUCCAUCCCCCAUACUUCCUCCUUUCCAUCCCCCAUACUUCCUCCUUUCCAUCCCCCAUACUUCCUCCUUUCCAUCCCCCAUACUUCCUCCUUUCCAUCCCCCAUACUUCCUCCUUUCGAUCCCCCAUACUUCCUCCUUUCGAUCUCCCAUACUUCCUCCUUUCGAUCCCCCAUACUUCCUCCUUUCCAUCCCCCAUACUUCCUCCUUUCCAUCCCCAUACUUCCUCCUUUCGAUCCCCCAUACUUCCUCCUUUCCAUCCCCCAUACUUCCUCCUUUCGAUCCCCCAUACUUCCUCCUUUCGAUCCCCCAUACUUCCUCCUUUCGAUCCCCCAUACUUCCUCCUUUCCAUCCCCCAUACUUCCUCCUUUCCAUCCCCCAUACUUCCUCCUUUCCAUCCCCCAUACUCCCUCCUUUCCAUCCCCCAUACUCCCUCCUUUCCAUCCCCCAUACUCCCUCCUUCCCAUCCCCCAUACUCCCUCCUUUCCAUCCCCCAUACUCCCUCCUUCCCAUCCCCCAUACUUCCUCCUUCUUUCCAUCCCCCAUACUUCCUCCUCCUUUCCAUCCCCCAUACUUCCUCCUUUCCAUCCCCCAUACUUCCUCCUCCUUUCCAUCCCCCAUACUUCCUCCUUUCCAUCCCCCAUACUUCCUCCUUUCCAUCCCCCAUACUUCCUCCUUUCCAUCCCCCAUACUUCCUCCUUUCCAUCCCCCAUACUUCCUCCUUUCCAUCCCCCAUACUUCCUCCUUUCCAUCCCCAUACUUCCUCCUUUCCAUCCCCCAUACUUCCUCCUUUCCAUCCCCCAUACUUCCUCCUUUCCAUCCCCCAUACUUCCUCCUUUCCAUCCCCCAUACUUCCUCCUUUCCAUCCCCCAUACUUCCUCCUUUCCAUCCCCCAUACUUCCUCCUUUCCAUCCCCCAUACUUCCUCCUUUCCAUCCCCCAUACUUCCUCCUUUCCAUCCCCCAUACUUCCUCCUUUCCAUCCCCCAUACUUCCUCCUUUCCAUCCCCCAUACUUCCUCCUUUCCAUCCCCCAUACUUCCUCCUUUCCAUCCCCCAUACUUCCUCCUUUCCAUCCCCCAUACUUCCUCCUUUCCAUCCCCCAUACUCCCUCCUUUCCAUCCCCCAUACUUCUCCCUCCUUUCCAUCCCCCAUACUUCCUCCUUUCCAUCCCCCAUACUUCCUCCUUUCCAUCCCCCAUACUUCCUCCUUUCCAUCCCCCAUACUUCCUCCUUUCCAUCCCCCAUACUUCCUCCUUUCCAUCCCCCAUACUUCCUCCUUUCCAUCCCCCAUACUUCCUCCUUUCCAUCCCCCAUACUUCCUCCUUUCCAUCCCCCAUACUUCCUCCUUUCCAUCCCCCAUACUUCCUCCUUUCCAUCCCCCAUACUUCCUCCUUUCCAUCCCCCAUACUUCCUCCUUUCCAUCCCCCAUACUUCCUCCUUUCCAUCCCCCAUACUUCCUCCUUUCCAUCCCCCAUACUUCCUCCUUUCCAUCCCCCAUACUUCCUCCUUUCCAUCCCCCAUACUUCCUCCUUUCCAUCCCCCAUACUUCCUCCUUUCCAUCCCCCAUACUCCCUCCUUUCCAUCCCCCAUACUUCUCCCUCCUUUCCAUCCCCCAUACUUCUCCCUCCUUUCCAUCCCCCAUACUUCCUCCUUUCCAUCCCCCAUACUUCUCCCUCCUUUCCAUCCCCCAUACUUCCUCCUUUCCAUCCCCCAUACUCCCUCCUUUCCAUCCCCCAUACUUCUCCCUCCUUUCCAUCCCCCAUACUUCUCCCUCCUUUCCAUCCCCCAUACUUCCUCCUUUCCAUCCCCCAUACUUCUCCCUCCUUUCCAUCCCCCAUACUUCCUCCUUUCCAUCCCCCAUACUUCCUCCUUUCCAUCCCCCAUACCCUCCCUCCUUUCCAUCCCCCAUACCCUCCCUCCUUUCCAUCCCCCAUACUUCUCCCUCCUUUCCAUCCCCCAUACUUCUCCCUCCUUUCCAUCCCCCAUACUUCUCCCUCCUUUCCAUCCCCCAUACUUCCUCCUUUCCAUCCCCCAUACUUCCUCCUUUCCAUCCCCCAUACUUCCUCCUUUCCAUCCCCCAUACUUCCUCCUUUCCAUCCCCCAUACUUCCUCCUUUCCAUCCCCCAUACUUCCUCCUUUCCAUCCCCCAUACUUCCUCCUUUCCAUCCCCCAUACUUCCUCCUUUCCAUCCCCCAUACUUCCUCCUUUCCAUCCCCCAUACUUCCUCCUUUCCAUCCCCCAUACUUCCUCCUUUCCAUCCCCCAUACUUCCUCCUUUCCAUCCCCCAUACUCCCUCCUUUCCAUCCCCCAUACUUCCUCCUUUCCAUCCCCCAUACUUCCUCCUUUCCAUCCCCCAUACUUCCUCCUUUCCAUCCCCCAUACUUCCUCCUUUCCAUCCCCCAUACUUCCUCCUUUCCAUCCCCCAUACUUCCUCCUUUCCAUCCCCCAUACUUCCUCCUUUCCAUCCCCCAUACUUCUCCCUCCUUUCCAUCCCCCAUAUUUCCUCCUUUCCAUCCCCCAUACUUCCUCCUUUCCAUCCCCCAUACUUCUCCCUCCUUUCCAUCCCCCAUACUUCUCCCUCCUUUCCAUCCCCCAUACUUCCUCCUUUCCAUCCCCCAUACUUCUCCCUCCUUUCCAUCCCCCAUACUUCUCCCUCCUUUCCAUCCCCCAUACUUCCUCCUUUCCAUCCCCCAUACUUCCUCCUUUCCAUCCCCCAUACUUCCUCCUCCUUUCCAUCCCCCAUACUUCCUCCUUUCCAUCCCCCAUACUUCCUCCUUUCCAUCCCCCAUACUUCCUCCUUUCCAUCCCCCAUACUUCCUCCUUUCCAUCCCCCAUACUUCUCCCUCCUUUCCAUCCCCCAUACUUCUCCCUCCUUUCCAUCCCCCAUACUUCCUCCUUUCCAUCCCCCAUACUUCCUCCUUUCCAUCCCCCAUACUUCCUCCUUUCCAUCCCCCAUACUUCCUCCUUUCCAUCCCCCAUACUUCCUCCUUUCCAUCCCCCAUACUUCUCCCUCCUUUCCAUCCCCCAUACUUCCUCCUUUCCAUCCCCCAUACUUCUCCCUCCUUUCCAUCCCCCAUACUUCCUCAUUUCCAUCCCCCAUACUUCCUCCUUUCCAUCCCCCAUACUUCCUCCUUUCCAUCCCCCUACUUCCUCCUUUCCAUCCCCAUACUUCCUCCAUCCUUUCCAUCCCCCAUACUUCCUCCUUUCCAUCCCCCAUACUUCUCCCUCCUUUCCAUCCCCCAUACUUCUCCCUCCUUUCCAUCCCCCAUACUUCUCCCUCCUUUCCAUCCCCAUACUUCUCCCUCCUUUCCAUCCCCCAUACUUCUCCCUCCUUUCCAUCCCCCAUACUUCUCCCUCCUUUCCAUCCCCCAUACUUCCUCCUUUCCAUCCUCCAUACUUCCUCCUUUCCAUCCUCCAUACUUCCUCCUUUCCAUCCCCAUACUUCCUCCUUUCCAUCCCCCAUACUUCCUCCUUUCCAUCCCCCAUACUUCCUCCUUUCCAUCCCCCAUACUUCCUCCUUUCCAUCCCCCAUACUUCCUCCUUUCCAUCCCCCAUACUUCCUCCUUUCCAUCCUCCAUACUUCCUCCUUUCCAUCCCCCAUACUUCCUCCUUUCCAUCCCCCAUACUUCCUCCUUUCCAUCCCCCAUACUUCCUUCUUUCCAUCCCCCAUACUUCCUCCUUUCCAUCCCCCAUACUUCCUCCUUUCCAUCCCCCAUACUUCUCCCUCCUUUCCAUCCCCCAUACUUCCUCCUUUCCAUCCCCCAUACUUCUCCCUCCUUUCCAUCCCCCAUACUUCUCCCUCCUUUCCAUCCCCCAUACUUCCUCCUUUCCAUCCCCCAUACUUCCUCCUUUCCAUCCCCCAUACUUCCUCCUUUCCAUCCCCCAUACUUCCUCCUUUCCAUCCCCCAUACUUCCUCCUUUCCAUCCCCCAUACUUCCUCCUUUCCAUCCCCCAUACUUCCUCCUUUCCAUCCCCCAUACUCCCUCCUUUCCAUCCCCCAUACUUCUCCCUCCUUUCCAUCCCCCAUACUUCCUCCUUUCCAUCCCCCAUACUCCCUCCUUUCCAUCCCCCAUACUUCUCCCUCCUUUCCAUCCCCCAUACUUCCUCCUUUCCAUCCCCAUACUUCCUCCUUUCCAUCCCCAUACUUCCUCCUUUCCAUCCCCCAUACUUCUCCCUCCUUUCCAUCCCCCAUACUUCUCCCUCCUUUCCAUCCCCCAUACUUCUCCUCCUUUCCAUCCCCCAUACUUCCUCCUUUCCAUCCCCCAUACUUCCUCCUUUCCAUCCCCCAUACUUCCUCCUUUCCAUCCCCCAUACUUCCUCCUUUCCAUCCCCCAUACUUCCUCCUUUCCAUCCCCCAUACUUCCUCCUUUCCAUCCCCCAUACUUCCUCCUUUCCAUCCCCCAUACUUCCUCCUUUCCAUCCCCCAUACUUCCUCCUUUCCAUCCCCCAUACUUCCUCCUUUCCAUCCCCCAUACUUCCUCCUUUCCAUCCCCCAUACUUCCUCCUUUCCAUCCCCCAUACUUCCUCCUUUCCAUCCCCCAUACUUCCUCCUUUCCAUCCCCCAUACUUCUCCCUCCUUUCCAUCCCCCAUAUUUCCUCCUUUCCAUCCCCCAUACUUCUCCCUCCUUUCCAUCCCCCAUACUUCUCCCUCCUUUCCAUCCCCCAUACUUCUCCCUCCUUUCCAUCCCCCAUACUUCUCCCUCCUUUCCAUCCCCCAUACUUCCUCCUUUCCAUCCCCCAUACUUCUCCCUCCUUUCCAUCCCCCAUACUUCUCCCUCCUUUCCAUCCCCCAUACUUCUCCCUCCUUUCCAUCCCCCAUACUUCUCCCUCCUUUCCAUCCCCCAUACUUCCUCCUUUCCAUCCCCCAUACUUCCUCUUUUCCAUCCCCCAUACUUCCUCCUUUCCAUCCCCCAUACUUCCUCCUUUCCAUCCCCCAUACUUCCUCCUUUCCAUCCCCCAUACUUCCUCCUUUCCAUCCCCCAUACUUCCUCCUUUCCAUCCCCCAUACUUCCUCCUUUCCAUCCCCCAUACUUCCUCCUUUCCAUCCCCCAUACUUCCUCCUUUCCAUCCCCCAUAUUUCCUCCUUUCCAUCCCCCAUACUUCCUCCUUUCCAUCCCCCAUACUUCCUCCUUUCCAUCCCCCAUACUUCCUCCUUUCCAUCCCCCAUACUUCUCCCUCCUUUCCAUCCCCCAUAUUUCCUCCUUUCCAUCCCCCAUACUUCUCCCUCCUUUCCAUCCCCCAUACUUCUCCCUCCUUUCCAUCCCCCAUACUUCUCCCUCCUUUCCAUCCCCCAUACUUCUCCCUCCUUUCCAUCCCCCAUACUUCCUCCUUUCCAUCCCCCAUACUUCUCCUCCUUUCCAUCCCCCAUACUUCUCCCUCCUUUCCAUCCCCCAUACUUCUCCCUCCUUUCCAUCCCCCAUACUUCUCCCUCCUUUCCAUCCCCCAUACUUCCUCCUUUCCAUCCCCCAUACUUCCUCUUUUCCAUCCCCCAUACUUCCUCCUUUCCAUCCCCCAUACUUCCUCCUUUCCAUCCCCCAUACUUCCUCCUUUCCAUCCCCCAUACUUCCUCCUUUCCAUCCCCCAUACUUCCUCCUUUCCAUCCCCCAUACUUCCUCCUUUCCAUCCCCCAUACUUCCUCCUUUCCAUCCCCCAUACUUCCUCCUUUCCAUCCCCCAUACUUCCUCCUUUCCAUCCCCCAUACUUCCUCCUUUCCAUCCCCCAUACUUCCUCCUUUCCAUCCCCCAUACUUCCUCCUUUCCAUCCCCCAUACUUCCUCCUUUCCAUCCCCCAUACUUCUUCCUCCUUUCCAUCCCCCAUACUUCCUCCUUUCCAUCCCCCAUACUUCCUCCUUUCCAUCCCCCAUACUUCCUCCUUUCCAUCCCCCAUACUUCCUCCUUUCCAUCCCCCAUACUUCCUCCUUUCCAUCCCCCAUACUUCCUCCUUUCCAUCCCCCAUACUUCCUCCUUUCCAUCCCCCAUACUUCCUCCUUUCCAUCCCCCAUACUUCUCCCUCCUUUCCAUCCCCCAUACUUCCUCCUUUCCAUCCCCCAUACUUCUCCCUCCUUUCCAUCCCCCAUACUUCUCCUCCUUUCCAUCCCCCAUACUUCCUCCUUUCCAUCCCCCAUACUUCCUCCUUUCCAUCCCCCAUACUUCUCCCUCCUUUCCAUCCCCCAUACUUCUCCCUCCUUUCCAUCCCCCAUACUUCUCCCUCCUUUCCAUCCCCCAUACUUCCUCCUUUCCAUCCCCCAUACUUCCUCCUUUCCAUCCCCAUACUUCCUCCUUUCCAUCCCCCAUACUUCCUCCUUUCCAUCCCCCAUACUUCCUCCUUUCCAUCCCCCAUACUUCCUCCUUUCCAUCCCCCAUACUUCCUCCUUUCCAUCCCCCAUACUUCCUCCUUUCCAUCCCCCAUACUUCCUCCUUUCCAUCCCCCAUACUUCCUCCUUUCCAUCCCCCAUACUUCCUCCUUUCCAUCCCUCAUACUUCCUCCUUUCCAUCCCCCAUACUUCCUCCUUUCCAUCCCCCAUACUUCCUCCUUUCCAUCCCCCAUACUUCUCCCUCCUUUCCAUCCCCCAUACUUCUCCCUCCUUUCCAUCACCCAUACUUCCUCCUUUCCAUCCCCCAUACUUCUCCCUCCUUUCCAUCCCCCAUACUUCUCCCUCCUUUCCAUCCCCCAUACUUCCUCCUUUCCAUCCCCCAUACUUCCUCCUUUCCAUCCCCCAUACUUCCUCCUCCUUUCCAUCCCCCAUACUUCCUCCUUUCCAUCCCCCAUACUUCCUCCUUUCCAUCCCCCAUACUUCCUCCUUUCCAUCCCCCAUACUUCCUCCUUUCCAUCCCCCAUACUUCUCCUCCUUUCCAUCCCCCAUACUUCUCCCUCCUUUCCAUCCCCCAUACUUCUCCCUCCUUUCCAUCCCCCAUACUUCUCCCUCCUUUCCAUCCCCCAUACUUCUCCUCCUUUCCAUCCCCCAUACUUCCUCCUUUCCAUCCCCCAUACUUCCUCUUUUCCAUCCCCCAUACUUCCUCCUUUCCAUCCCCCAUACUUCCUCCUUUCCAUCCCCCAUACUUCCUCCUUUCCAUCCCCCAUACUUCCUCCUUUCCAUCCCCCAUACUUCCUCCUUUCCAUCCCCCAUACUUCCUCCUUUCCAUCCCCCAUACUUCCUCCUUUCCAUCCCCCAUACUUCCUCCUUUCCAUCCCCCAUAUUUCCUCCUUUCCAUCCCCCAUACUUCCUCCUUUCCAUCCCCCAUACUUCCUCCUUUCCAUCCCCCAUACUUCCUCCUUUCCAUCCCCCAUACUUCCUCCUUUCCAUCCCCCAUACUUCCUCCUUUCCAUCCCCCAUACUUCCUCCUUUCCAUCCCCCAUACUUCCUCCUUUCCAUCCCCCAUACUUCCUCCUUUCCAUCCCCCAUACUUCUCCCUCCUUUCCAUCCCCCAUACUUCCUCCUUUCCAUCCCCCAUACUUCCUCCUUUCCAUCCCCCAUACUUCUCCCUCCUUUCCAUCCCCCAUACUUCCUCCUUUCCAUCCCCCAUACUUCUCCCUCCUUUCCAUCCCCCAUACUUCUCCCUCCUUUCCAUCCCCCAUACUUCCUCCUUUCCAUCCCCCAUACUUCCUCCUUUCCAUCCCCCAUACUUCUCCCUCCUUUCCAUCCCCCAUACUUCUCCCUCCUUUCCAUCCCCAUACUUCUCCCUCCUUUCCAUCCCCCAUACUUCCUCCUUUCCAUCCCCCAUACUUCCUCCUUUCCAUCCCCCAUACUUCCUCCUUUCCAUCCCCCAUACUUCCUCCUUUCCAUCCCCCAUACUUCCUCCUUUCCAUCCCCCAUACUUCCUCCUUUCCAUCCCCCAUACUUCCUCCUUUCCAUCCCCCAUACUUCCUCCUUUCCAUCCCCCAUACUUCCUCCUUUCCAUCCCCCAUACUUCCUCCUUUCCAUCCCCCAUACUUCCUCCUUUCCAUCCCCCAUACUUCCUCCUUUCCAUCCCCCAUACUUCCUCCUUUCCAUCCCUCAUACUUCCUCCUUUCCAUCCCCAUACUUCCUCCUUUCCAUCCCCCAUACUUCCUCCUUCCAUCCCCAUACUUCUUCCAUCCCCCAUACUUCUCCCUCCUUUCCAUCCCCCAUACUUCUCCCUCCUUUCCAUCACCCAUACUUCCUCCUUUCCAUCCCCCAUACUUCUCCCUCCUUUCCAUCCCCCAUACUUCUCCCUCCUUUCCAUCCCCCAUACUUCCUCCUUUCCAUCCCCCAUACUUCCUCCUUUCCAUCCCCCAUACUUCCUCCUCCUUUCCAUCCCCCAUACUUCCUCCUUUCCAUCCCCCAUACUUCCUCCUUUCCAUCCCCCAUACUUCCUCCUUUCCAUCCCCCAUACUUCCUCCUUUCCAUCCCCCAUACUUCUCCCUCCUUUCCAUCCCCCAUACUUCUCCCUCCUUUCCAUCCCCCAUACUUCCUCCUUUCCAUCCCCCAUACUUCCUCCUUUCCAUCCCCCAUACUUCCUCCUUUCCAUCCCCCAUACUUCCUCCUUUCCAUCCCCCAUACUUCCUCCUUUCCAUCCCCCAUACUUCUCCCUCCUUUCCAUCCCCCAUACUUCCUCCUUUCCAUCCCCCAUACUUCUCCCUCCUUUCCAUCCCCCAUACUUCUCCCUCCUUUCCAUCCCCCAUACUUCUCCCUCCUUUCCAUCCCCCAUACUUCUCCCUCCUUUCCAUCCCCCAUACUUCUCCCUCCUUUCCAUCCCCCAUACUUCCUCCUUUCCGUCCCCCAUACUUCUCCCUCCUUUCCAUCCCCCAUACUUCUCCCUCCUUUCCAUCCCCCAUACUUCCUCCUUUCCAUCCCCCAUACUUCUCCCUCCUUUCCAUCCCCCAUACUUCUCCCUCCUUUCCAUCCCCCAUACUUCUCCUUCCUUUCCAUCCCCCAUACUUCUCCCUCCUUUCCAUCCCCCAUACUUCCUCCUUUCCAUCCCCCAUACUUCCUCCUUUCCAUCCCCCAUACUUCCUCCUUUCCAUCCCCCAUACUUCCUCCUUUCCAUCCCCCAUACUUCCUCCUUUCCAUCCCCCAUACUUCCUCCUUUCCAUCCCCCAUACUUCCUCCUUUCCAUCCCCCAUACUUCCUCCUUUCCAUCCCCCAUACUUCCUCCUUUCCAUCCCCCAUACUUCCUCCUUUCCAUCCCCCAUACUUCCUCCUUUCCAUCCCCCAUACUUCCUCCUUUCCAUCCCCCAUACUUCCUCCUUUCCAUCCCCCAUACUUCCUCCUUUCCAUCCCCAUACUUCCUCCUUUCCAUCCCCCAUACUUCCUCCUUUCCAUCCCCCAUACUUCCUCCUUUCCAUCCCCCAUACUUCCUCCUUUCCAUCCCCCAUACUUCCUCCUUUCCAUCCCCCAUACUUCCUCCUUUCCAUCCCCCAUACUUCCUCCUUUCCAUCCCCCAUACUUCCUCCUUUCCAUCCCCCAUACUUCCUCCUUUCCAUCCCCCAUACUUCCUCCUUUCCAUCCCCAUACUUCCUCCUUUCCAUCCCCCAUACUUCUCCCUCCUUUCCAUCCCCCAUACUUCCUCCUUUCCAUCCCCCAUACUUCCUCCUUUCCAUCCCCCAUACUUCUCCCUCCUUUCCAUCCCCCAUACUUCUCCCUCUUUUCCAUCCCCCAUACUUCCUCCUUUCCAUCCCCCAUACUUCCUCCUUUCCAUCCCCAUACUUCCUCCUUUCCAUCCCCCAUACUUCCUCCUUUCCAUCCCCCAUACUUCCUCCUUUCCAUCCCCCAUACUUCCUCCUUUCCAUCCCCCAUACUUCCUCCUUUCCAUCCCCCAUACUUCCUCCUUUCCAUCCCCCAUACUUCCUCCUUUCCAUCCCCCAUACUUCCUCCUUUCCAUCCCCCAUACUUCCUCCUUUCCAUCCCCCAUACUUCCUCCUUUCCAUCCCCCAUACUUCUCCCUCCUUUCCAUCCCCCAUACUUCCUCCUUUCCAUCCCCCAUACUUCCUCCUUUCCAUCCCCCAUACUUCUCCCUCCUUUCCAUCCCCCAUACUUCUCCCUCCUUUCCAUCCCCCAUACUUCCUCCUUUCCAUCCCCCAUACUUCCUCCUUUCCAUCCCCCAUACUUCUCCCUCCUUUCCAUCCCCCAUACUUCUCCCUCCUUUCCAUCCCCCAUACUUCCUCCUUUCCAUCCCCCAUACUUCCUCCUUUCCAUCCCCCAUACUUCUCCCUCCUUUCCAUCCCUCAUACUUCUCCCUCCUUUCCAUCCCCCAUACUUCCUCCUUUCCAUCCCCCAUACUUCCUCCUUUCCAUCCCCCAUACUUCUCCCUCCUUUCCAUCCCCCAUACUUCUCCCUCCUUUCCAUCCCCCAUACUUCCUCCUUUCCAUCCCCCAUACUUCUCCCUCCUUUCCAUCCCCCAUACUUCUCCCUCCUUUCCAUCCCCCAUACUUCCUCCUUUCCAUCCCCCAUACUUCCUCCUUUCCAUCCCCCAUACUUCUCCCUCCUUUCCAUCCCCCAUACUUCUCCCUCCUUUCCAUCCCCCAUACUUCCUCCUUUCCAUCCCCCAUACUUCUCCCUCCUUUCCAUCCCCCAUACUUCUCCCUCCUUUCCAUCCCCCAUACUUCCUCCUUUCCAUCCCCCAUACUUCCUCCUUUCUAUCCCCAUACUUCCUCCUUUCCAUCCCCCAUACUUCUCCCUCCUUUCCAUCCCCCAUACUUCUCCCUCCUUUCCAUCCCCCAUACUUCCUCCUUUCCAUCCCCCAUACUUCUCCCUCCUUUCCAUCCCCCAUACUUCUCCCUCCUUUCCAUCCCCCAUACUUCCUCCUUUCCAUCCCCCAUACUUCUCCCUCCUUUCCAUCCCCCAUACUUCCUCCUUUCCAUCCCCCAUACUUCCUCCUUUCCAUCCCCCAUACUUCCUCCUUUCCAUCCCCCAUACUUCCUCCUUUCCAUCCCCCAUACUUCUCCCUCCUUUCCAUCCCCCAUACUUCUCCCUCCUUUCCAUCCCCCAUACUUCCUCCUUUCCAUCCCCCAUACUUCCUCCUUUCCAUCCCCCAUACUUCCUCCUUUCCAUCCCCCAUACUUCCUCCUUUCCAUCCCCCAUACUUCCUCCUUUCCAUCCCCCAUACUUCCUCCUUUCCAUCCCCCAUACUUCCUCCUUUCCAUCCCCCAUACUUCCUCCUUUCCAUCCCCCAUACUUCCUCCUUUCCAUCCCCCAUACUUCCUCCUUUCCAUCCCCCAUACUUCCUCCUUUCCAUCCCCCAUACUUCCUCCUUUCCAUCCCCCAUACUUCCUCCUUUCCAUCCCCCAUACUUCCUCCUUUCCAUCCCCCAUACUUCCUCCUUUCCAUCCCCCAUACUUCCUCCUUUCCAUCCCCCAUACUUCCUCCUUUCCAUCCCCCAUACUUCCUCCUUUCCAUCCCCCAUACUUCUCCCUCCUUUCCAUCCCCCAUACUUCCUCCUUUCCAUCCCCCAUACUUCCUCCUUUCCAUCCCCCAUACUUCUCCCUCCUUUCCAUCCCCCAUACUUCUCCCUCUUUUCCAUCCCCCAUACUUCCUCCUUUCCAUCCCCCAUACUUCCUCCUUUCCAUCCCCCAUACUUCCUCCUUUCCAUCCCCCAUACUUCCUCCUUUCCAUCCCCCAUACUUCCUCCUUUCCAUCCCCCAUACUUCCUCCUUUCCAUCCCCCAUACUUCCUCCUUUCCAUCCCCCAUACUUCCUCCUUUCCAUCCCCCAUACUUCCUCCUUUCCAUCCCCCAUACUUCCUCCUUUCCAUCCCCCAUACUUCCUCCUUUCCAUCCCCCAUACUUCCUCCUUUCCAUCCCCCAUACUUCUCCCUCCUUUCCAUCCCCCAUACUUCCUCCUUUCCAUCCCCCAUACUUCCUCCUUUCCAUCCCCCAUACUUCUCCCUCCUUUCCAUCCCCCAUACUUCUCCCUCCUUUCCAUCCCCCAUACUUCCUCCUUUCCAUCCCCCAUACUUCCUCCUUUCCAUCCCCCAUACUUCUCCCUCCUUUCCAUCCCCCAUACUUCUCCCUCCUUUCCAUCCCCCAUACUUCCUCCUUUCCAUCCCCCAUACUUCCUCCUUUCCAUCCCCCAUACUUCUCCCUCCUUUCCAUCCCUCAUACUUCUCCCUCCUUUCCAUCCCCCAUACUUCCUCCUUUCCAUCCCCCAUACUUCCUCCUUUCCAUCCCCCAUACUUCUCCCUCCUUUCCAUCCCCCAUACUUCUCCCUCCUUUCCAUCCCCCAUACUUCCUCCUUUCCAUCCCCCAUACUUCUCCCUCCUUUCCAUCCCCAUACUUCUCCCUCCUUUCCAUCCCCCAUACUUCCUCCUUUCCAUCCCCCAUACUUCCUCCUUUCCAUCCCCCAUACUUCUCCCUCCUUUCCAUCCCCCAUACUUCUCCCUCCUUUCCAUCCCCCAUACUUCCUCCUUUCCAUCCCCCAUACUUCUCCCUCCUUUCCAUCCCCCAUACUUCUCCCUCCUUUCCAUCCCCCAUACUUCCUCCUUUCCAUCCCCCAUACUUCCUCCUUUCCAUCCCCCAUACUUCCUCCUUUCCAUCCCCCAUACUUCUCCCUCCUUUCCAUCCCCCAUACUUCUCCCUCCUUUCCAUCCCCCAUACUUCCUCCUUUCCAUCCCCCAUACUUCUCCCUCCUUUCCAUCCCCAUACUUCUCCCUCCUUUCCAUCCCCCAUACUUCCUCCUUUCCAUCCCCCAUACUUCUCCCUCCUUUCCAUCCCCCAUACUUCCUCCUUUCCAUCCCCCAUACUUCCUCCUUUCCAUCCCCCAUACUUCCUCCUUUCCAUCCCCCAUACUUCCUCCUUUCCAUCCCCCAUACUUCUCCCUCAUUUCCAUCCCCCAUACUUCUCCCUCCUUUCCAUCCCCCAUACUUCCUCCUUUCCAUCCCCCAUACUUCCUCCUUUCCAUCCCCCAUACUUCCUCCUUUCCAUCCCCCAUACUUCCUCCUUUCCAUCCCCCAUACUUCCUCCUUUCCAUCCCCCAUACUUCCUCCUUUCCAUCCCCCAUACUUCCUCCUUUCCAUCCCCCAUACUUCUCCCUCCUUUCCAUCCCCCAUACUUCUCCCUCCUUUCCAUCCCCCAUACUUCUCCCUCCUUUCCAUCCCCCAUACUUCUCCCUCCUUUCCAUCCCCCAUACUUCUCCCUCCUUUCCAUCCCCAUACUUCUCCCUCCUUUCCAUCCCCCAUACUUCUCCCUCCUUUCCAUCCCCCAUACUUCUCCCUCCUUUCCAUCCCCCAUACUUCUCCCUCCUUUCCAUCCCCCAUACUUCUCCCUCCUUUCCAUCCCCCAUACUUCUCCCUCCUUUCCAUCCCCAUACUUCUCCCUCCUUUCCAUCCCCCAUACUUCUCCCUCCUUUCCAUCCCCCAUACUUCUCCCUCCUUUCCAUCCCCCAUACUUCUCCCUCCUUUCCAUCCCCCAUACUUCUCCCUCCUUUCCAUCCCCCAUACUUCUCCCUCCUUUCCAUCCCCCAUACUUCUCCCUCCUUUCCAUCCCCCAUACUUCUCCCUCCUUUCCAUCCCCCAUACUUCUCCCUCCUUUCCAUCCCCCAUACUUCUCCCUCCUUUCCAUCCCCCAUACUUCUCCCUCCUUUCCAUCCCCCAUACUUCUCCCUCCUUUCCAUCCCCCAUACUUCUCCCUCCUUUCCAUCCCCCAUACUCCCUCCUUUCCAUCCCCCAUACUUCUCCCUCCUUUCCAUCCCCCAUACUUCUCCCUCCUUUCCAUCCCCCAUACUUCCCUCCUUUCCAUCCCCAUACUCCCUCCUUUCCAUCCCCCAUACUCCCUCCUUUCCAUCCCCCAUACUCCCUCCUUUCCAUCCCCCAUACUCCCUCCUUUCCAUCCCCCAUACUCCCUCCUUUCCAUCCCCCAUACUCCCUCCUUUCCAUCCCCCAUACUCCCUCCUUUCCAUCCCCCAUACUCCCUCCUUUCCAUCCCCCAUACUCCCUCCUUUCCAUCCCCCAUACUCCCUCCUUUCCAUCCCCCAUACUCCCUCCUUUCCAUCCCCCAUACUCCCUCCUUUCCAUCCCCCAUACUCCCUCCUUUCCAUCCCCCAUACUCCCUCCUUUCCAUCCCCCAUACUCCCUCCUUUCCAUCCCCCAUACUCCCUCCUUUCCAUCCCCCAUACUCCCUCCUUUCCAUCCCCCAUACUCCCUCCUUUCCAUCCCCCAUACUCCCUCCUUUCCAUCCCCCAUACUCCCUCCUUUCCAUCCCCCAUACUCCCUCCUUUCCAUCCCCCAUACUCCCUCCUUUCCAUCCCCAUACUCCCUCCUUUCCAUCCCCCAUACUCCCUCCUUUCCAUCCCCCAUACUCCCUCCUUUCCAUCCCCCAUACUCCCUCCUUUCCAUCCCCCAUACUCCCUCCUUUCCAUCCCCAUACUCCUCCUUUCCAUCCCCCAUACUCCCUCCUUUCCAUCCCCCAUACUUCUCCCUCCUUUCCAUCCCCCAUACUUCCUCCUUUCCAUCCCCAUACUUCCCCCUCCUUUCCAUCCCCCAUACUUCUCCAUCCUUUCCAUCCCCCAUACUUCUCCCUCCUUUCCAUCCCCCAUACUUCUCCCUCCUUUCCAUCCCCAUACUUCCUCCUUUCCAACCCCCAUACUUCUUCCUUCUUUCCAUCCCCCAUACUUCUCCCUCCUUUCCAUCCCCCAUACUUCUCCCUCCUUUCCAUCCCCCAUACUUCUCCCUCCUUUCCAUCCCCCAUACUUCCUCCUUUCCAUCCCCCAUACUUCCUCCUUUCCAUCCCCCAUACUUCUCCCUCCUUUCCAUCCCCCAUACUUCUCCCUCCUUUCCAUCCCCCAUACUUCUCCCUCCUUUCCAUCCCCCAUACUUCCUCCUUUCCAUCCCCCAUACUUCUCCCUCCUUUCCAUCCCCCAUACUUCUCCCUCCUUUCCAUCCCCCAUACUUCCUCCUUUCCAUCCCCCAUACUUCCUCCUUUCCAUCCCCCAUACUUCCUCCUUUCCAUCCCCCAUACUUUUCCCUCCUUCCCAUCCCCCAUACUUACUCCCUCCUUUCCAUCCCCCAUACUCCCUCCUUUCCAUCCCCCAUACUCCCUCCUUUCCAUCCCCCAUACUCCCUCCUUUCCAUCCCCCAUACUCCCUCCUUUCCAUCCCCCAUACUCCCUCCUUUCCAUCCCCCAUACUCCCUCCUUUCCAUCCCCCAUACUCCCUCCUUUCCAUCCCCCAUACUCCCUCCUUUCCAUCCCCCAUACUCCCUCCUUUCCAUCCCCCAUACUCCCUCCUUUCCAUCCCCCAUACUCCCUCCUUUCCAUCCCCCAUACUCCCUCCUUUCCAUCCCCCAUACUCCCUCCUUUCCAUCCCCCAUACUCCCUCCUUUCCAUCCCCCAUACUCCCUCCUUUCCAUCCCCCAUACUCCCUCUUUUCCAUCCCCCAUACUCCCUCCUUUCCAUCCCCCAUACUCCCUCCUUUCCAUCCCCCAUACUCCCUCCUUUCCAUCCCCCAUACUCCCUCCUUUCCAUCCCCCAUACUCCCUCCUUUCCAUCCCCCAUACUCCCUCCUUUCCAUCCCCAUACUCCCUCCUUUCCAUCCCCCAGACUCCCUCCUUUCCAUCCCCCAGACUCCCUCCUUUCCAUCCCCCAGACUCCCUCCUUUCCAUCCCCCAUACUCCCUCCUUUCCAUCCCCCAUACUCCCUCCUUUCCAUCCCCCAUACUCCCUCCUUUCCAUCCCCCAGACUCCCUCCUUUCCAUCCCCCAGACUCCCUCCUUUCCAUCCCCCAUACUCCCUCCUUUCCAUCCCCCAUACUCCCUCCUUUCCAUCCCCCAUACUCCCUCCUUUCCAUCCCCCACACUCCCUCCUUUCCAUCCCCCACACUCCCUCCUUUCCAUCCCCCACACUCCCUCCUUUCCAUCCCCCACACUCCCUCCUUUCCAUCCCCCACACUCCCUCCUUUCCAUCCCCCACACUCCCUCCUUUCCAUCCCCCAUACUCCCUCCUUUCCAUCCCCCACACUCCCUCCUUUCCAUCCCCCAUACUCCCUCCUUUCCAUCCCCCACACUCCCUCCUUUCCAUCCCCCAUACUCCCUCCUUUCCACUCCCUCCUUUCCAUCCCCCAUACUCCCUCCUUUCCAUCCACCAUACUCCCUCCUUUCCAUCCCCCAUACUCCCUCCUUUCCAUCCCCCAUACUCCCUCCUUUCCAUCCCCCAUACUGCCUCCUUUCCACUCCCUCCUUUCCAUCCCCCAUACUCCCCCUCCUUUCCAUCCCCCAUACUUCCUCCUUUCCAUCCCCCAUACUUCCUCCUUUCCAUCCCCCAUACUUCCUCCUUUCCAUCCCCCAUACUCCCUCCUUUCCAUCCCCCAUACUCCCUCCUUUCCAUCCCCCACUCCCUCCUUUCCAUCCCCCAGACUCCCUCCUUUCCAUCCCCCAUACUCCCUCCUUUCCAUCCCCCAUACUCCCUCCUUUCCAUCCCCCAUACUCCCUCCUUUCCAUCCCCCAGACUCCCUCCUUUCCAUCCCCCAGACUCCCUCCUUUCCAUCCCCCAUACUCCCUCCUUUCCAUCCCCCAUACUCCCUCCUUUCCAUCCCCCAUACUCCCUCUUUUCCAUCCCCCACACUCCCUCCUUUCCAUCCCCCACACUCCCUCCUUUCCAUCCCCCACACUCCCUCCUUUCCAUCCCCCACACUCCCUCCUUUCCAUCCCCCACACUCCCUCCUUUCCAUCCCCCACACUCCCUCCUUUCCAUCCCCCACACUCCCUCCUUUCCAUCCCCCAUACUCCCUCCUUUCCAUCCCCCACACUCCCUCCUUUCCAUCCCCCAUACUCCCUCCUUUCCAUCCCCCACACUCCCUCCUUUCCAUCCCCCAUACUCCCUCCUUUCCACUCCCUCCUUUCCAUCCCCCAUACUCCCUCCUUUCCAUCCACCAUACUCCCUCCUUUCCAUCCCCCAUACUCCCUCCUUUCCAUCCCCCAUACUCCCUCCUUUCCAUCCCCCAUACUGCCUCCUUUCCACUCCCUCCUUUCCAUCCCCCAUACUCCCCCUCCUUUCCAUCCCCCAUACUUCCUCCUUUCCAUCCCCCAUACUUCCUCCUUUCCAUCCCCCAUACUUCCUCCUUUCCAUCCCCCAUACUCCCUCCUUUCCAUCCCCCAUACUCCCUCCUUUCCAUCCCCCAUACUCCCUCCUUUCCAUCCCCCACACUGCCUCCUUUCCAUCCCCCAUACUUCCUCCUUUCCAUCCCCCAUACUUCCUCCUUUCCAUCCCCCAUACUCCCUCCUUUCCAUCCCCCAUACUCCCUCCUUUCCAUGCCCCAUACUGCCUCCUUUCCAUCCCCCAUACUCCCCCUCCUUUCCAUCCCCCAUACUUCCUCCUUUCCAUCCCCCAUACUUCCUCCUUUCCAUCCCCCACACUCCCUCCUUUCCAUCCCCCAUACUUCCUCCUUUCCAUCCCCCAUACUCCCUCCUUUCCAUCCCCCAUACUUCCUCCUUCCCAUCCCCCAUACUCCCUCCUUUCCAUCCCCCAUACUUCCUCCUUUCCAUCCCCCAUACUCCCUCCUUUCCAUCCCCCAUACUCCCUCCUUUCCAUCCCCCAUACUUCCUCCUUUCCAUCCCCCAUACUGCCUCCUUUCCAUCCCCCAUACUUCCUCCUUUCCAUCCCCCAUACUCCCUCCUUUCCAUCCCCCAUACUUCCUCCUUUCCAUCCCCCAUACUCCCUCCUUUCCAUCCCCCAUACUUCCUCCUUUCCAUCCCCCACCAUCCCCCAUACUUCCUCCUUUCCAUCCCCCACACUUCCUCCUUUCCAUCCCCCAUACUUCCUCCUUUCCAUCCCCCACACUUCCUCCUUUCCAUCCCCCAUACUCCCUCCUUUCCAUCCCCCAUACUCCCUCCUUUCAAUCCCCCAUACUCCCUCCUUUCCAUCCCCCACACUCCCUCCUUUCCAUCCCCCACACUCCCUCCUUUCCAUCCCCCAUACUCCCUCCUUUCCAUCCCCCGCACUCCCUCCUUUCCAUCCCCCAUACUCCCUCCUUUCCAUCCCCCAUACUUCCUCCUUUCCAUCCCCCACACUUCCUCCUUUCCAUCCCCCAUACUCCCUCCUUUCCAUCCCCCAUACUCCCUCCUUUCCAUCCCCCAUACUCCCUCCUUUCCAUCCCCCACACUCCCUCCUUUCCAUCCCCCACACUCCCUCCUUUCCAUCCCCCACACUCCCUCCUUUCCAUCCCCCACACUCCCUCCUUUCCAUCCCCCAUACUCCCUCCUUUCCAUCCCCCACACUCCCUCCUUUCCAUCCCACUUACUCCCUCCUUUCCAUCCCCCAUACUCCCUCCUUUCCAUCCCCCAUACUCCCUCCUUUCCAUCCCCCAUACUCCCUCCUUUCCAUCCCCCACACUCCCUCCUUUCCAUCCCCCAUACUCCCUCCUUUCCAUCCCCCACACUCCCUCCUUUCCAUCCCCCAUACUCCCUCCUUUCCAUCCCCCACACUCCCUCCUUUCCAUCCCCCACACUCCCUCCUUUCCAUCCCCCACACUCCCUCCUUUCCAUCCCCCACACUCCCUCCUUUCCAUCCCCCACACUCCCUCCUUUCCAUCCCCCACACUCCCUCCUUUCCAUCCCCCACACUCCCUCCUUUCCAUCCCCCACACUCCCUCCUUUCCAUCCCCCAUACUCCCUCCUUUCCAUCCCCCAUACUCCCUCCUUUCCAUCCCCCAUACUCCCUCCUUUCCAUCCCCCAUACUCCCUCCUUUCCAUCCCCCAUACUCCCUCCUUUCCAUCCCCCAUACUCCCUCCUUUCCAUCCCCCAUACUCCUCCUUUCCAUCCCCCAUACUCCCUCCUUUCCAUCCCCCAUACUCCCUCCUUUCCAUCCCCCAUACUCCCUCCUUUCCAUCCCCCAUACUCCCUCCUUUCCAUCCCCCAUACUCCCUCCUUUCCAUCCCCCAUACUCCCUCCUUUCCAUCCCCCAUACUCCCUCCUUUCCAUCCCCCAUACUCCCUCCUUUCCAUCCCCCAUACUCCCUCCUUUCCAUCCCCCAUACUCCCUCCUUUCCAUCCCCCAUACUCCCUCCUUUCCAUCCCCCAUACUCCCUCCUUUCCAUCCCCCAUACUCCCUCCUUUCCAUCCCCCAUACUCCCUCCUUUCCAUCCCCCAUACUCCCUCCUUUCCAUCCCCCAUACUCCCUCCUUUCCAUCCCCCAUACUCCCUCCUUUCCAUCCCCAUACUGCCCUCCUUUCCAUCCCCCAUACUGCCUCCUUUCCAUCCCCCAUACUCCCUCCUUUCCAUCCCCCAUACUCCCUCCUUUCCAUCCCCCAUACUCCCUCCUUUCCAUCCCCCAUACUCCCUCCUUUCCAUCCCCCAUACUCCCUCCUUUCCAUCCCCCAUACUCCCUCCUUUCCAUCCCCCAUACUCCCUCCUUUCCAUCCCCCAUACUCCCUCCUUUCCAUCCCCCAUACUCCCUCCUUUCCAUCCCCCAUACUCCCUCCUUUCCAUCCCCCAUACUCCCUCCUUUCCAUCCCCCAUACUCCCUCCUUUCCAUCCCCCAUACUCCCUCCUUUCCAUCCCCCAUACUCCCUCCUUUCCAUCCCCCAUACUCCCUCCUUUCCAUCCCCCAUACUCCCUCCUUUCCAUCCCCCAUACUCCCUCCUUUCCAUCCCCCAUACUCCCUCCUUUCCAUCCCCCAUACUUCCUCCUUUCCAUCCCCCAUACUCCCUCCUUUCCAUCCCCCAUACUUCCUCCUUUCCAUCCCCCAUACUUCCUCCUUUCCAUCCCCCAUACUUCCUCCUUUCCAUCCCCAUACUUCCUCCUUUCCAUCCCCCAUACUUCCUCCUUUCCAUCCCCCAUACUCCCUCCUUUCCAUCCCCCAUACUCCCUCCUUUCCAUCCCCCAUACUCCCACUUCUCCCUCCUUUCCAUCCCCCAUACUUCUCCCUCCUUUCCAUCCCCCAUACUUCCUCCUUUCCAUCCCCCAUACUUCCUCCUUUCCAUCCCCCAUACUUCCUCCUUUCCAUCCCCCAUACUUCCUCCUUUCCAUCCCCCAUACUUCCUCCUUUCCAUCCCCCAUACUCCCUCCUUUCCAUUCCAUCCUUCCAUCCCCCAUACUUCCUCCUUUCCAUCCCCCAUACUUCCUCCUUUCCAUCCCCCAUACUUCCUCCUUUCCAUCCCCCAUACUUCCUCCUUUCCAUCCCCCAUACUUCCUCCUUUCCAUCCCCCAUACUCCCUCCUUUCCAUUCCAUCCCCCAUACUUCCUCCUUUCCAUCCCCCAUACUCCCUCCUUUCCAUCCCCCAUACUCCCACUUCUCCCUCCUUUCCAUCCCCCAUACUUCUCCCUCCUUUCCAUCCCCCAUACUUCUCCCUCCUUUCCAUCCCCCAUACUUCUCCCUCCUUUCCAUCCCCCAUACUUCUUCUCCCUCCUUUCCAUCCCCCAUACUUCUCCCUCCUUUCCAUCCCCCAUACUUCUCCCUCCUUUCCAUCCCCCAUACUUCUCCCUCCUUUCCAUCCCCCAUACUUCUCCCUCCUUUCCAUCCCCCAUACUUCUCCCUCCUUUCCAUCCCCCAUACUUCUCCCUCCUUUCCAUCCCCCAUACUUCUUCUCCCUCCUUUCCAUCCCCAUACUUCUCCCUCCUUUCCAUCCCCCAUACUUCUCCCUCCUUUCCAUCCCCCAUACUUCUCCCUCCUUUCCAUCCCCCAUACUUCUCCCUCCUUUCCAUCCCCCAUACUUCUCCCUCCUUUCCAUCCCCCAUACUUCUCCCUCCUUUCCAUCCCCCAUACUUCUCCCUCCUUUCCAUCCCCCAUACUUCUCCCUCCUUUCCAUCCCCCAUACUUCUCCCUCCUUUCCAUCCCCCAUACUUCUCCCUCCUUUCCAUCCCCCAUACUUCUUCUCCCUCCUUUCCAUCCCCCAUACUUCUCCCUCCUUUCCAUCCCCCAUACUUCUCCCUCCUUUCCAUCCCCCAUACUUCUCCCUCCUUUCCAUCCCCCAUACUUCUCCCUCCUUUCCAUCCCCCAUACUUCUCCCUCCUUUCCAUCCCCCAUACUUCUCCCUCCUUUCCAUCCCCCAUACUUCUCCCUCCUUUCCAUCCCCCAUACUUCUCCCUCCUUUCCAUCCCCCAUACUUCUCCCUCCUUUCCAUCCCCCAUACUUCUCCCUCCUUUCCAUCCCCCAUACUUCUCCCUCCUUUCCAUCCCCCAUACUUCUCCCUCCUUUCCAUCCCCCAUACUUCUCCCUCCUUUCCAUCCCCCAUACUUCUCCCUCCUUUCCAUCCCCCAUACUUCUCCCUCCUUUCCAUCCCCCAUACUUCUCCCUCCUUUCCAUCCCCCAUACUUCUCCCUCCUUUCCAUCCCCCAUACUUCUCCCUCCUUUCCAUCCCCCAUACUUCUCCCUCCUUUCCAUCCCCCAUACUUCUCCCUCCUUUCCAUCCCCAUACUUCUCCCUCCUUUCCAUCCCCCAUACUUCUCCCUCCUUUCCAUCCCCCAUACUUCUCCCUCCUUUCCAUCCCCCAUACUUCUCCCUCCUUUCCAUCCCCCAUACUUCUCCCUCCUUUCCAUCCCCCAUACUUCUCCCUCCUUUCCAUCCCCCAUACUUCUCCCUCCUUUCCAUCCCCCAUACUUCUCCCUCCUUUCCAUCCCCCAUACUUCUCCCUCCUUUCCAUCCCCCAUACUUCUCCCUCCUUUCCAUCCCCCAUACUUCUCCCUCCUUUCCAUCCCCCAUACUUCUCCCUCCUUUCCAUCCCCCAUACUUCUCCCUCCUUUCCAUCCCCCAUACUUCUCCCUCCUUUCCAUCCCCCAUACUUCUCCCUCCUUUCCAUCCCCCAUACUUCUCCCUCCUUUCCAUCCCCCAUACUUCCCUCCUUUCCAUCCCCCAUACUCCCUCCUUUCCAUCCCCAUACUUCUCCCUCCUUUCCAUCCCCCAUACUCCCUCCUUUCCAUCCCCCAUACUCCCUCCUUUCCAUCCCCCAUACUCCCUCCUUUCCAUCCCCCAUACUUCCUCCUUUCCUUCCCCCAUACUUCCUCCUUCCUUUCCAUCCCCCAUACUUCCUCCUUCCUUUCCAUCCCCCAUACUUCCUCCUUUCCAUCCCCCAUACUUCCUCCUUUCCAUCCCCCAUACUUCCUCCUUCCUUUCCAUCCCCCAUACUUCCUCCUUCCUUUCCAUCCCCCAUACUUCCUCCUUCCUUUCCAUCCCCCAUACUUCCUCCUUUCCAUCCCCCAUACUUCCUCCUUUCCAUCCCCCAUACUUCCUCCUUUCCAUCCCCCAUACUUCCUCCUUUCCAUCCCCCAUACUUCCUCCUUUCCAUCCCCCAUACUUCCUCCUUUCCAUCCCCCAUACUUCCUCCUUUCCAUCCCCCAUACUUCCUCCUUUCCAUCCCCCAUACUUCCUCCUUCCUUUCCAUCCCCCAUACUUCCUCCUUUCCAUCCCCCAUACUUCCUCCCUCCUUUCCAUCCCCCAUACUUCCUCCUUUCCAUCCCCCAUAAUUCCUCCCUCCUUUCCAUCCCCCAUAAUUCCUCCCUCCUUUCCAUCCCCCAUACUUCCUCCUUCCUUUCCAUCCCCCAUACUUCCUCCUUUCCAUCCCCCAUACUUCCUCCUUUCCAUCCCCCAUACUUCCUCCUUUCCAUCCCCCAUACUUCCUCCCUCCUUUCCAUCCCCCAUACUUCCUCCCUCCUUUCCAUCCCCCAUACUUCCUCCCUCCUUUCCAUCCCCCAUACUUCCUCCUUUCCAUCCCCCAUACUUCCUCCUUUCCAUCCCCCAUACUUCCUCCUUUCCAUCCCCCAUACUUCCUCCUUUCCAUCCCCCAUACUUCCUCCCUCCUUUCCAUCCCCCAUACUUCCUCCCUCCUUUCCAUCCCCCAUACUUCCUCCCUCUUUUCCAUCCCCCAUACUUCCUCCCUCCUUUCCAUCCCCCAUACUUCCUCCCUCCUUUCCAUCCCCCAUACUUCCUCCCUCCUUUCCAUCCCCCAUACUUCCUCCCUCCUUUCCAUCCCCCAUACUUCCUCCCUCCUUUCCAUCCCCCAUACUUCCUCCCUCCUUUCCAUCCCCCAUACUUCCUCCCUCCUUUCCAUCCCCCAUACUUCCUCCCUCCUUUCCAUCCCCCAUACUUCCUCCCUCCUUUCCAUCCCCCAUACUUCCUCCCUCCUUUCCAUCCCCCAUACUUCCUCCCUCCUUUCCAUCCCCCAUACUUCCUCCCUCCUUUCCAUCCCCCAUACUUCCUCCCUCCUUUCCAUCCCCCAUACUUCCUCCCUCCUUUCCAUCCCCCAUACUUCCUCCCUCCUUUCCAUCCCCCAUACUUCCUCCCUCCUUUCCAUCCCCCAUACUUCCUCCCUCCUUUCCAUCCCCCAUACUUCCUCCCUCCUUUCCAUCCCCCAUACUUCCUCCCUCCUUUCCAUCCCCCAUACUUCCUCCCUCCUUUCCAUCCCCCAUACUUCCUCCCUCCUUUCCAUCCCCCAUACUUCCUCCCUCCUUUCCAUCCCCCAUACUUCCUCCCUCCUUUCCAUCCCCCAUACUUCCUCCCUCCUUUCCAUCCCCCAUACUUCCUCCCUCCUUUCCAUCCCCCAUACUUCCUCCCUCCUUUCCAUCCCCCAUACUUCCUCCCUCCUUUCCAUCCCCCAUACUUCCUCCCUCCUUUCCAUCCCCCAUACUUCCUCCCUCCUUUCCAUCCCCCAUACUUCCUCCCUCCUUUCCAUCCCCCAUACUUCCUCCCUCCUUUCCAUCCCCCAUACUUCCUCCCUCCUUUCCAUCCCCCAUACUUCCUCCCUCCUUUCCAUCCCCCAUACUUCCUCCCUCCUUUCCAUCCCCCAUACUUCCUCCCUCCUUUCCAUCCCCCAUACUUCCUCCCUCCUUUCCAUCCCCCAUACUCCCUCCUUUCCAUCCCCCAUACUCCCUCCUUUCCAUCCCCCAUACUCCCUCCUUUCCAUCCCCCAUACUCCCUCCUUUCCAUCCCCCAUACUUCCUCCUUUCCAUCCACCCUGCCCCUCUCUCCCAUUCCCUCCCUCCUUCUCCACUAUUCCCCACUAUUACAUAGAGUCAUUGCCCCCCACACCAACAGGGCCAUAGAGUCGCUCAUCCAGGAGUCCAGCAUCCCUCCCGACGGCGAGCCGGACCUCUUCUUUCCAACGCAGCACCCCACCACGCCGCUCUCGCAGUUCGCGACCCAUCUGUGGAAGCGGCACCUCAUGUACUGGCGCAUGCCCGACUACAACGGCGCUCGCUUCUUCUUCUCCUUCUUCAUGGCUCUCCUCAUCGGUGGCGUCUUCUUUGGCUUCGGCAACACCCGCGACACGCCGCAGCAGAUUGUGAACGUCAUGGGUGCUCUCUACACCGCAGCGCUUUUCCUCGGGUGGAGCAAUCUUGCGUCAAUCCAGCCGAUGCUGGCCGUGGAAAGGAGUAUUUACUACCGGGAGCGGGGCGCCGGGAUGUAUGGAGCUAUCCCGUACGCGCUCGCGCAAGGAGCAAUUGAGCAGCCAUACCUGUUGAUUCAGGCUGUGGUGUACUCGUUAAUAACAUACUCUAUGAUUCAGUUUGAGUGGACGCUUGGGAAAUUCCUGCUGUUCCUGCUGUUCCAGUUCCUCACACUGCUCUACUUCACGUGUUUCGGCAUGAUGUCGAGUGCCAUCACGCCCGCUGAAGGGCUAGGAACGCUGCUCUCUGCCUUCAUCUACUCCUUCUGGAAUCUUCUCUGCGGCUUCCUCCUGCCGCAGCCGUUGGGAGAUGGAACGACGCUGGUGGUGGGUCCACCAGGCACGCCACCUCAGACAGUAUCGCAGUUCAUCCAGCUUUACUACGGCUUCUCCCACGACUGGCUGGGCUACGUCACUGUUGCUCUGCUCGGCUUCUCCUGCCUCUUCUUCUGCGUGUUCACCAUUGCCCUCCGCAAUCUCAACUUCCAGAGGCGAUAG